GCGCCCGUCGCGCCUGCGCAGGGGGCAGCCAGGGUGCUGUGUCGUUACUUUUGAACAGUGUGGCGCGGAACAGUUCGAAGAGCCGCUUGGGUAGCUGUCUGCGCAGUGGGAGCGAGCGUUUUUGCCCGUGGGCCCAGCUAUGGCACUGCAGCUCGCCCGGGAACAAGGCAUCACCCUGCGCGGGAGCGCGGAAAUCGUGGCCGAGUUCUUCUCAUUUGGCAUCAACAGCAUUUUGUAUCAGCGUGGCAUAUAUCCGUCAGAAACCUUCACCCGAGUGCAGAAGUACGGACUCACCUUGCUUGUAACUACUGAUCCUGAGCUCAUAAAGUAUCUCAAUAAUGUGGUGGAGCAACUAAAAGAAUGGCUGUACAAGUGCUCAGUUCAGAAGUUGGUGGUAGUCAUCUCAAAUAUUGAAAGUGGUGAGGUCCUUGAAAGAUGGCAGUUUGAUAUUGAGUGUGACAAAACUGCGAAAGAAGAUAGUGCUCCUAGGGAAAAGUCACAGAAAGCUAUCCAGGAUGAAAUUCGCUCCGUGAUCAGACAAAUCACAGCUACCGUGACAUUUCUUCCACUGUUGGAAGUUUCUUGUUCAUUUGAUCUACUGAUUUAUACUGACAAAGAUUUGGUCGUGCCUGAAAAGUGGGAAGAAUCAGGACCACAGUUCAUUACCAAUUCUGAAGAAGUCCGUCUACGCUCAUUCACUACCACAAUCCACAAAGUGAAUAGUAUGGUAGCCUACAAAAUCCCUGUCAGUGACUGAGGGGAAGGUGGGGAAAAGCCAGCAGUGUACUUUAAUAAAUGUGCCUGAUUGUUCCAGUUCUUGGGUUCGUGCUUGACCUUCUGUAGACUCAAUACCAUGAGAGUGCUGUACAUUAUUCAAGAGGAGCCAAUGAAUUUUGUCAACUUUGGAAAGUGAAAUCCUUUAAAGGGUAAUUGUAGAUAGUAAUUGUUAUAAACCUCAAUGCUUUCCUUGAUCAUUUUGGUCAUGUAGCUUGACUCAAUAUAUGUAGAGAGGUAUCUGAAUAUAAAUAGAGCAAAAGAGGUUUGUCCGAAUCUUUGUUUAGUUUCUGAAAUUAGUGAAAUACUGCUUUAUUAGAUCUAUUUGUUAUUUCUGCCAUUGUAUAUAUCCCAUGUUGAAACAAAUUGUAAUUAUUUGAUUUUAAUGUAUAUACCAUGAACCCACAAAGCAAUGGAUAUUUGUACUGCUUAAUUUCUGUAAUAAGGACCUCUUAAUAAUUUUAAAUGUUUUAUAAAAAUCAAGCUUAAAUAACAGUGAUAAAAUAAAGUCUGAGUGUUUUAAAUUUGCCUUAAAGUAUUUUUGAUACUUGAUGUGGUAUUAAUACAGUCAGACGGAACAAUGAAUUGAGAAUAGUAAAUUACUCCUUUUGAUUUUAUGCUACCUUCAUCUCACAACAGUGCCCUUAAUGUAAAGGAAUAGGUGUCACUUGUAAUUACUUGAGUACGAGGCUCUAGUGUCUCUACUCCUAGUGUUAGCAUAGCCUGGUGUUUCUUAUGCAUUUGAACACCAAGCCUUCACUGCUGCUCCUAGCAGGUGUGUUAGUUGUUUUCCAACAUCAAUUUAAAACUCAAUAAACCGCUUCUAAGCUCCA